AUGGAAGGGUUCAUCGGUUCCAGCGUUUGCCGGGGCGUCCGCUCGUGCUGGGCGCGCCGGGGGAUCUGCAACGACGGCUACCAGCAGCUCCCGCGGGCGGCACCGACGACGACGCCGGGGAGAGGGACCAGGCUCCGACGGCGAACGGUCCUCGGCUCGGCGACCUGGAGGCUCGGCCGGCUACGACGAGGACGCCGCGCCAGCGCGCCGCGGUGGUUGUCGCCGCUGCAGCUGCUCAACCGGAUCCUCGACACGUACAUCACCUCCAUGCUCUCGGAGCCACUGAAGAUCCUGAGAGCAGGUGUGCCCCCGGCGCCGGCGGGGCGGGGCGGUCGCCUUCGCCGUGAUGCUUCGCCGGGGUCGUCGUCGAGGCGCCGCGAUGCCGCCGGCGGGAGAGGCGUCAUGCUCAACAUCUGCGUGGCGGAGGUGCUCCUGCGCCGGACCACGUCGGAGGUCAGGCGCUCGCCGUUGCAGCAGCAGCAACAGCCAACGAAGGACGCGCGCCGCAGCAGCGUCCGUGCAUAG